AUGAAUGGCACCGACAUGAAGAAGGCGGCCAUCAACAAGGCCAAACAAGUGGCAAACGCAGCAAACAGCAACGGAGGAAAGAAGCGACGGAAGGGCCAGGACCUGAAGCCCAUCAUCACGUCGGAGAACCAAGGCGGCCAGAACACUUCGCCGUCAGGCUCAACGCCGUCCUUUCACUACAAUGUGCAGAAUACAAACUCGCCCCUCGCCCAACACAAGAUGUACGGAAACCAGAUGAGCCACUCGCCCGACUCGUCGUCAUCGUCGGUCGAUGAGGCCGAGAACACUGCCGACGAGGAAGACUCGGAGGACUACUGCAAGGGCGGCUACCACCCUGUCCAGGUGGGUGAGGAGUACAAGGACGGCAAGUACACCAUUGUGCGCAAGCUCGGGUGGGGCCAUUUCUCGACCGUGUGGUUGUCGCGAGACAACACAAACGGCAAGCACGUCGCUCUCAAGGUCGUGCGCUCUGCUGCGCAUUACACAGAGACGGCUCUCGAUGAGAUUAAACUCCUCAAAAAGGUCGUCGACGCGAACAAGGACCACCCGGGCCGGAAACACGUCGUCAGUCUGCUCGACUCUUUCAACCACAAAGGCCCCAACGGCGUGCACGUCUGCAUGGUCUUUGAAGUGCUAGGAGAGAACUUGCUGGGCCUGAUCAAGAGAUGGAACCACCGCGGUAUUCCCAUGCCGCUCGUCAAGCAAAUCACCAAGCAGGUACUACUAGGACUCGACUACUUGCACCGCGAAUGCGGCAUUAUCCAUACCGACCUCAAGCCCGAAAAUGUCCUCAUCGAAAUUGGCGACGUUGAGCAGAUUGUGAGGACAUAUGUGAAAGACGAACCAAAGAAGAAAGAUGGCGAGGACAGCGUUAGAAACGGUAGGCGGAGGCGGAGGACCCUCAUCACAGGCAGCCAGCCGCUACCAAGUCCGCUCAACGCGAGCUUCAACCACUCCGAGCUCGCCAGCUUCCCCGGAAGUACACAAAGCCUUAACAAGGUCAUGAGCGAGGGUACAGGUAAAGACUCCCCCACGACUGUCCCGAGUCCUCCCUCUUCUUCAGACGGUGUCGUAAUGAGUGGUGCUCUAGCUCCGUCAUCAGGAACCAGCCUGUCCAUGGCCGAACGACUCGGUAUAAAAUCCAACGAAGACGAUGCACAAAAGCAACGAGAGAAGACUGCUGAUAUACUUACCAAAGAGGUAUCUGGCAUCAGCCUCGACAAGCCCAGCAGCUCGCACGGUAAAUCAGAAGCCGAACAGCAAGCCGAAAAUGCUUUCGAAACCAUUUCAGUCAAGAUUGCGGAUCUCGGAAACGCCUGUUGGGUUGGGCAUCAUUUUACCAAUGAUAUUCAAACGAGACAGUAUAGGUCACCAGAAGUUAUUUUGGGCAGCAAAUGGGGCGCGAGUACAGAUGUUUGGAGUAUGGCAGCAAUGACAUUUGAAUUGAUAACCGGCGACUACCUGUUCGAUCCCCAAUCCGGCACAAAGUACGGCAAAGACGACGACCACAUUGCCCAAAUUAUCGAACUUCUCGGCACCUUCCCCAAAGGCCUCUGCAUGUCGGGCAAAUGGUCUCAAGAGAUAUUCAACCGCAAAGGCGAACUGCGCAACAUCCACCGAUUACGACACUGGGCCCUUCCCGACGUCCUUCACGAGAAGUAUCAUUUCAGCUCGGAGGAGAGUAAGAAGAUUGCGGAUUUCCUACUGCCCAUGCUCGAGCUGUUGCCGGUGGAUCGGGCGAAUGCGGGCGGCAUGGCGGGGCAUGACUUCUUGAAGGAUACUAAAGGCAUGGAAAAUGUCAAUCUGGGUAUCCCCGUUGGCAGCAAGGGUGAGGGCAUCGAGGGCUGGGCGACGGAAAUCAAGAAGACGCGAUAG